CAACCUUAGACUGUAUAAGGUUUUGACGCAUUACUGCGCAUGCGCACCAUCCUGACGCGCGCCGCUUGACAGGCAUCAGCGGCGCGUUCCCGACAGUAGACGUUGCUGCUCAGGCUUCAAGAUGGCGGAAGCCCUGACAACUCAAGAGGAGGUGGCGGUGGAGGAGUUCCUGGCUGAGCUGAGGUGUCGGGAACAGUCUCAGAAUGCAGAUCUUGUCAGUCAGAUGACCGCAGUUAAGUUCCUCAUGGCAAGAAAGUUUGACGUCUCCAGAGCCAUAGACCUCUUUCAGGCUUACAAGAACACCAGAAUAAAGGAAGGCAUCUACAAUAUUAACCCAAAUGAGGAGCCUUUAAGAAUCGAGUUACUCAGUGGAAAAUUCACAGUUCUGCCUGGUCGUGACGCGAAAGGUGCGGCUUUGGCACUUUUUACAGCACGUCUCCAUCAGCCAGACCUCACUACCCAUAAGGCUGUUCUUCAGGCCAUUAUAUAUCAGCUGGACAAGGCCAUUGAGAGCGUUCAGACACAGAGAGAUGGGCUCAUUUUCAUCUAUGAUAUGACUAACUCCACAUAUGCCAAUUUUGACUAUGAGCUUUGCGUCAAGAUUUUGAAUCUCCUUAAAGGGGCUUUCCCUGCUCGUCUGAAAUGUGUCUUUAUUGUGUCGUCUCCACUGUGGUUCAGAGCACCGUUUGCAGUACUCCGUCUGUUUGUGAGAGAGAAACUGAGAGAGAGGGUGUGCACUGUAAAAGCCCACGAACUGGUCAAUCACAUACCGGUAAGCUAUCUUCCAGAACAUUUGGGUGGCUCGUCACAGUAUAGUCACAUUGCUUGGAUCCAGUCCUGUGUCAACUCCAGCCCCAACCACCCUAAUAACUCGCCCUACGUCACUGCGGACUGCUUGGGCAGUCUACUCCGCUCCUACUCCAUGGAGCAUAGCCAGAACACUUCAGAAGACCCCUUAACUGCCAAUACUUCAGGGGCCACUCUCCUGGGGGAUGGACUGAACUCAAACUGCCCCAUACUGGAUGACGGAAAUGCCAACCUUCAGAACCACAGGACAGCGGGACAUGCGCAUUGGAAUGGCUCUGUACUGCCAGGUUCAGGGGGAAUCUCGGGGUCCAACGCCAAUGUCCUCAAUGGCCGUGGCUGGCAGCCACCACCACAGUCAGACACACCCCCAGACACACCUCUGCAUCAAAAACACACAGCUGGUGCCUUAGUACCAGGAGGUGGCUUGACUGUGGGUGUGGAAGGUGCAUGUUUGGAGGACAGUAGGCAGGAUGGCAAUGGCGCUGAGGACUGCCAACAGGAUGUGGAGUUUCUGGAAGAGGAAGUGGACGGAGGAGAUGGCGUUCCACCCCUCCCGCUGAAAUCAAGGCCGCCGCCUCUCCAUCACAGCUCUGCCCCGGAUAUGAGCUGGUUACCGGGAACAGAAACGGCUGCAUUGUCGGUGCAUUUGGCUGAGCAGGGCGGAAUGACCGUGCACGAUCUGGUGCAGCACGUGAAACUUAAAAAGAAAAAGGGCAUUUAUCAGGAGUAUGAGGAGAUCCGCAAAGAACCUCCUGCUGGAACAUUUGACUACUCUAAGAAAGCCUCUAACCAGAUAAAGAAUCGCUACAGUGAUGUCCUUUGCCUUGACCAAUCACGUGUUCGACUUUGUCCGCUCAACAAUGAGGAUGACGAGACAUCUGACUACAUAAAUGCAAGUUUCAUGGAUGGUUACAAGAGGAGCAAUGCUUACGUCGCUACUCAGGGGCCUUUGCCAAAAACAUUUGGAGACUUUUGGCGAAUGGUGUGGGAGCAAAUGGUUUUAAUAAUUGUUAUGACUACAAGAGUUGUAGAGCGAGGCCGAGUGAAAUGCGGACAGUACUGGCCAUUAGAGACGGGCCGGACUGAGGAUUAUGGGAACUUUUUAGUGAGAAAUGUCCAUAUUGAGAUGUUUCAGGACUUUAAGCUAUCACACCUGGAGCUCUUCAACACUCAGACAGGGGAAUGUAGGGAAGUGUCUCAUUAUCUCUACAUGAGCUGGCCAGAUUUUGGUGUUCCGAAGUCACCGUCGGCCAUGUUGGAUUUCCGGGCACACGUGAAACAGAGACAAGAGUCCUCAUUACGAACACUGUAUCCUGAUUGGACGGGACCCCCAGGAGGCCCCCCUGUGGUGGUGCACUGCAGCGCAGGCAUCGGCCGAACAGGCACGUUUUGUACUUUAGACAUUUGUCUCUCUCGUCUGGAGGACAUCGGGACAGUGGACAUUAAGCAGACGGUGCGUCGCAUGCGGACGCAGCGUGCCUUCAGCAUCCAAACGUGGGACCAGUACUACUUUUGCUAUAAAGCAGUGAUCGAGUACGCCCAACAGAGCGGCCUGCUGCAGCCCGUGGAGUGGUCCGACACCGAGCUGGAGACCGACAGCGAGUGAAGCAGGAAAAACAGAACUCGCACGAGAGGGGCACAAAAGGCACGGAAGGAAAAGAAGCCGUCUUUUCCCCUCUCUUGGCCACAGGUAGACUCCACCUCCAAGGGAAGGAGCGGAGGAUGCUUUUGUCCUGCCACUUUCCAAGCCCUUCUUUUCACUCGGAUCCAGACGAGAUCAGAGAUUGUGGCUUGAUGUACGAGUUGUAGCAAUUAUUUUUUUUCGUUCUGUUUUUUAUAAAUACUGACUUGCACAUGUGGAAUGACAAACUUGAAAAAUCCAGUUUAUCGUAUUACCUGCUCUUUUUUUUAUGCUCAAAGUGUUGUCGAAAUUCAAUAUCGCUCAACUUGGGGGUUAAAUUCACACUUUUUAUCAAAAGUGUAAAAACAUAAAACUUGAAUAUUUUUUUUUUUUCUCCGUCACAUUGAAAUAGCAACUUCUUUGUGUCUGGACAGGUUCCAACAGGUUUCUUUCAGUUGUGUACUUCAUCGUUAAACUAAUCUUCAAGCCAAAGGUAUGUUGUUGAAUGCUUGGAUGUAUCCGUAAUGAUCGGUGUGACUUAAACCCUUGUAUAUCUUGUAACAUACAUUUAUAUAAUGUGCAUAACAACCUUUGUUGAAAAGCCUUGUUUUAAUAUAAUACUCUUAACUUUCUUCAGAAUUAUGUGUAUCUAUAUAUAUAUCUAUCUAUAUAUAUAUAUAAAAUAUAUAUAUAUGUAUAUAUAUAUAAAGAAUAUAUGUAUAAGUAUGUGUUGGGUUAAAACAAUAUGAAAGAGGAGGAGGAACACAACUAUGCUGUAUAUAUAUAAGGUAUGUCUUAAUGACUGUUCUGGUCCUGCAGUUUUAAUUUUCGUCUAACCGUAAUCCACGAUUAUCCAGCCUUAAUGCAGGCCGUCUAUCAUUCGCAGAGCAUCUCAACUGUGAAGAUUCUCUCUGAAUUCUGGCCCUAAACCUUCAAUCACUGCCUUGUUCCCUCUAAAGUAACUUUGACUUUUGACUUUUUUUUCUACUUGUUUUGUUUCGUUUUAAAAAAAAAAAAAUCUCAUCCACUGCGGGCCCCAAGUUGAAGUAUCCUGACCCACACGGACACUGAUUCUGUUACCAUGAUUAUCUUAAGUGUGUUCUGUACUGAUGUGAAGUGUUGGAGUCAUGUGUUACGAGUGAACUGGGGUGUGUUUGUGUGAGAGUGUGUGUGUGUGUGGGGAGUCUUGGGGUCAGAAAACCCCUGUUUUUGUGCCUUCCAGGUUUUCCGUAGCGUAAUGUGUAGUUUCAGGCAACGACUAGAACAGCUGGUCUCAUGUAUAGGGAAUUUAUUUUAAUCUCAGGGGUAUACUUGGUGUUUUCCUGCUCUCAAAAAACUUAAUUUGCCUCUAUGGUAGUUAUCAUUUCCAAAAAAAAAAAAAAAAAACUAAAAAAAAAUGAAAGGCAAAAAAACAAAGUAUACAAAUUUUAUUUCAAGUUUUAUACAGCAUCCUGUAUUAUGUUCUGUUUUUAUUUAUGCCUUUGUAGAACUUCAGCAGUAUUGAAAUUUGAAUGUUGGUACGAAAAAAAAAAAAUGAAUGGACAUACUAUUUUAAAUGGAUAAGCUAAAGAAAUCAAAACCAUGUAACAAAAGACUGAUCAAUUUUUUUUUUUUUUCCCUAUUCAGUUCAGUCUGGAAUUAUGUUACUCAUAAUUGUGUUUUGGGAGAUAAAAUCUGUUAUUUUUCCAGAUGCCUGUAGCAGAACUUUUUUCAUACUCUGUGAACUGUUAAACGGCCAAGACUGAAACAAACAUGUUACCGAUCAGCAUGGCUGCCACUAACAGUUUUUACGUAACUAUUUGCCAAUCAAAAGAGACAGAGGUUUUACAUGCAAGAAAACCACAAAAAAAAAAAAAAAAAAAACAGGAUAUGAACUUGAAUGUUAUGAUUAGAUAAAAAAAUCAUGUCAUCUUUGGGAGAACUUUGGAAUGCUUUCUCCUUGAAUAUCAAUGCUUGUAUGAUGACAUGGUAGUGAAUGUGUGAACGUCCCACUCAUCUAAUGUUUACUUGUUGACUGAUUUAUCCAAUGCAGGUGUGCAGAAUGUGCUUGACUGUUUUAUACAGCUGAUUCCUGCUUGAAUGAGACUAAGUGGAAGAGACACACUUGGCUCUGAUUUAUUAAAGCAGUCGGGAAUGCGA